GUUCCUUUUCAAAAAAAAAAAUUAAAAAAAAAUUAGACUAGGAUUUUUGUUCAUAUGCUGUGCAAGCUAUCAAUUUGGCAUGUAUCUGAAUUCAGAAGGUUGAUAAGGCUACUACAGCAACAAGAGCAUAAAAGAGAAGCUGAACAAAGCAAAAGAUGAGUAUUGCUUCUUCCCCUUCCUCUCAUAUCUCCAUGUGGCUUCUCUGAUGAAAUAAUUCACUUCUACAAACCUCAUUGCCAUUGCACCGGAAUAUUCAAAGAAUAAUCUAAAUGGCUCAACAGGACGAAGGGUGGCCAUUGGGGCUGAAUCUGAGGGUUGGGAUGGAGAGAAAUCAUGAUCUCAGUGGCUCAAUUUCAUUCAACACACUACUCACUGGUUCCCCAGUCUCGUCAAUGGAUUCCUCUUCUGAUCUUGACACCGAGUCAACAGGUUCCUUCUUCCACGACAAGACCAUCACUCUGGGCAGCCUUAUCGGGAUUUCCACCAUUUUCGAAAGAUCAACAAGAGGAAGAAAAUCCGAAGCUGUAUCAAUACACAACAAGAAAAUCAACAAGACCAAGACAUGGUUUUUUUCCUUGUGCCCCCGGCUGCGCACCGAUGCUGCAAUGCCAGCGAGCACCAACGACGCAGCUCCAUCCCUCGGCCACUUUCUUGAAGCCGAAAGAAGAGCUGCAUGCAGACGCGGCGGCAGUGAUCAUCACACACGUUACCAGGCCAGUCACUCAGCUUAUGGACCAGACGACUUCACCCGCGUUUUCGACCCGAAUUCGUUGUUCAUUGAUGGCCGGAUUGCCCCUCCUCAGUCCAAUGCUGAUACUGAUAGAAUCUUGAUCAGGGACUUGCAAUCCCAUGCUGAUGCUGAUGAAACUCCGCAAUCCCACUCUUGUUUAUGUGGAAUUUUUUGUCAUUGAUAUUUGUACGUAGUUAUGAUCAUAUAUAUUCUUUACUUCCCAUUUACAAAUCAUCCGGCUGGAUUUGGGUGGACCCGGCCCAAUUAUACAAAUGGGCCGUUGUGUUGCAAUUUUCAAGAUUGGGCAAAUAAAUGGUCCAUUACGGAAAAGUGCAAUACACGUAAUGUCAGGCUCAAAUUAUUGUAGCGUCUCGGAAUUAAAUAUCAAUUAUUACAAGUGGAUAAAAUGUGUCAAAAAAGUUGGAUUCUCCCCUCCUUUGGUAUUAAGGAAAGGUGGUCAUUUCAUUGUUGAGUAUUGUAAUUUGUACGUACGUAUUGUCUUUGUA